AUGGACGAGACGGGCGAAAAUCCCAAGGAUUCCGAAACUGUUGAGGAUGUCACUGGCAAACAAGGGGCCACGGGAGCCUCAACAGCGGACUCGGACCAGCAAGAGACAAGAGGGCUCAAGCAAAGACCCAAGAGACCACUGAGCUCUUCAACUUUGGACUCGCAAGCUUCAAACGCUUCGACUUUGUCGAAGCGCAAGUCCAAGAAACCCUAUUUGAAUGUUGCUCCUUUAAACACUCCCUUGUCGCACCGUCUUGAAACGGUGGGGGUCAUCUGGCAUUGCAUCAGCAUACCGUUCUUUAUUUGCUUGUUUUUGUUCACCAUCUCGCUAGGAUGGGUCGUUUGGCUUUCGAUCAUCUUGCCGUAUUUCAUUUGGUGGUACGGCUUUGAUUUGCAUACUCCCACAAAUGGCAAGGGAACUUAUAGAGUGCGCAAUGCCAUGAAGAAUUUAAUCGUUUGGCAGUGGUUUGUCAACUAUUUUCCCAUAAAAGCCUACAAGACAGUGGAAUUGGAGCCGACUUUUAGCCGUGUUGUCGUUGAAGACUCUUCCAAUUCAGAGGACGACGACGAACAGGACUUGAUUCUGGAAACACAGCUAACAACCAUGGACCAGCUUUUCAAAUUCCUUGGUUUGAAAAAGAGACUCAACACUACAGACGACAGAGCGUCAAAUAAAGCGCUCUACAAGCAAGAAUGUACCGGACCGAGGUAUAUCUUUGGAUACCAUCCUCAUGGAGUCAUAUCGAUGGGAGUAGUUGGCUUGUUUGCGACAAAUGCCAUGCAAAACGAACCAUACAAACCGCCAUUCAACUUUUUAAAGCCGCUUUUCCACGACCCCUCCAAAAAGCCACCUUUGUUUCCUGGACUUGGCAAGAUUUUCCCAUUGACUUUAACAACACAGUUUACCGUGCCAUUCUACCGUGACUACUUGAUGUCAUUGGGAAUCAGCAGUGCCUCGGCUAGGAAUAUUCGAAGCUUGAUCACCAACGGCGACAAUUCCGUGUGUCUUGUUGUCGGCGGAGCUCAAGAAUCCUUGUUGAAUACCAUGGUUGCCAAAAACACGCGUGUGGGCUAUGGCUAUAAAGAAAAUGAUGACGACUUUGAGGAAGAAGAAAAAGAAGAAGAAGAAGAAGAAGAAGAAGAAAAAGAAAAAGAACAAGAAAAGCACAAGAAAGGAAAAGGUAAAGGAAAAGGAAAAAGUAAAGGCAAAGGUAAAGGUAAAGGAAAAGAAAAGAAUGGCAGAGUCUCGCAGGACGAGAUUGCCGAUUCCAAGAGUAAUACCGUAUCCAAGAGAGAAGUCAGACUAGUGCUCAACAGACGGAAAGGAUUUGUCAAGUUGGCGAUUGAACUCGGCAACGUCUCGCUCGUUCCAACUUUUGCGUUUGGAGAAGCCGAUAUUUAUAACAUUUCAUUCCCAGAAGCCGGUUCCUUGGGUUACAGGUUUCAAAAAUGGAUGAAGAAUACAUUUGCAUUUACUGUUCCAUUCUUUAGCGCUAGAGGCGUCUUUGUUUACGAUUUUGGGCUAUUGCCAUACCGUAACCCAAUCAACAUUGUCAUGGGCAAGCCAAUCCAUGUUCCAGCAGGCGCAUUACAAGAAUAUAGAUUAAAGCACCCCGAGGAAUUUGAAGAAGAGAUCAAGAGCGAUAAGCAGAAAGACGGGAAACUGUUAGAGCCACUCAAGAAGCCCGAGAUUCGGAAAACCAACUCGUUUACCGAUUUUUUGAAGUUGAAGAAAAGCUCAAAGCCCAAACCAAAGGCCAAGGUGCCUCAAAAAUUAUUAGACUAUUACCACAAACAAUACGUUGACGAAUUGAAGAGAGUAUUUGAUGAAAACAAAAGCCAGUUUGGUUAUGACGACGUUGAGUUGAAUAUUAUCGAGUAA